AUGAAUUUAUUAUACACCAUACCACAAUUAUGUACAGAUUUUGUGUCAGGGAGGUGCGUACAAGGCCCCUAUUGCAGAUUUCGCCACAAAUUGUUUACAGAACGUUUAAGUGAUUUUGUGCAAAUUUGUCAGUUUAAUAACUUUUGUACGUGGAAAUACUGUAAUUGCCUACAUAUAACAAGAGACGAGGAGAAUCUCUUCAGAAAUCAAGGAAUUAUACCUUCAGAACUAGCUGCCAGGUACAGAUCUAUGCUUUCAGUUCUAAUGCAUAAAUUUAGUUGGAAAUAUGUUGAGCAAGAGACGUCUCUGCUUAAAAUGGUAUCUGCAGGACCACCACAAGAACCAGUGAACUACCCGCAACAGGUACCUAUGCAAUAUUUUACGCAAACUUCACUUCCGGCGCCGUCACCCUGGACUCCAAUAAACAGUGCUGCAUACCCGCAACCGGUAAUGACAGUAGUCGAUGCGAUACAACCACAAUAUCCAUUUCCACCGCCACCAUCGUUACCUCGGAUUGCGAGUCGAUGUGACAAAAUGAAUACAGCCGUAACACAAGCAUCUCCGUCCAUACCGCCUUCAUCAUUUUUUGGAGGCACACGGAAAAGAUGCAAUGAACCAAUUCGACCAGGAACAUCUGCACAGCUACCAACAAUGAGUGUAGUACAAACACCAGCGACAGUUUUACCACCACCUCAAUCGGCACCCUUACCACUUACUGUAAAUAGGAAUUUAAGUGCUUUUACGAAUUCCUCUAAUUUAGAGCCUGAUGAUGAUAAUAAACGAAGAAAAAUCGUACAGCAAUUGCCAACAGCAGAUUCACAAAGGUCAUCAAUAAUGAAUGCUUUACGAGAACUACCAAAAACUCAACCAACUGCACAAACACCUCCGCGGCCGCAACAGUGGGCUAGAAAUACUAUGAAUACGACAAGGAUGUGUGAGGGCUCUGAUUUUGUCGCUACAGAAGUAAAAUUCGAUCGGAAACCGCCAACAAUAACUUCACGAAGAUCAUCAGUAACAAACAUGGCACGAGAAAUACUUACAACUCCAUCACCAAAAUCAUUGACCAUAAGUACUACAAUUGCUAACGAGACGAGUAAGGGCCCCGUUUUGGUAGCUACAGAAGUUAAUACCCAAAGAAAACCGCCAACAAUAAGUUCACGCAGAUCAUCAGUAGUGAGUGUAGCACGAGAACCACUUAGACCCCCGUCACCACCUCCGUCACGACAAUCAUUGACGACAAGCACCAUGAUAUCUAACAAGAUGAGCAAAGGCUCUGAAUUGGUGGCUACAAAAGUUAAUACCGAAUGGAAACCGCCAACAAUAAGUUCACGAAGAUCAUCAGCAAUAAGUGUAUCACGAGAACCAUCAACAGUUCCUUCAUCACAAUUAUUGACCACAAAUACGAUGACAACGGAAAAGGUAAGUAAAGGCUCUGAUUUAGUAGCUACAGAAGUUUAUACCCAAAGAAAACCGCCAACAAUAAAUUCACGCAGAUCAUCAGUAAUGAGUGCAGCACGAGCAUCACUUAGAGCUCCGUCACCACCUCCGUCACAACAAUCAUUGACGGAAAAUACCAUGUUUUCUAACAAGAUGAGCGAGGGCUCUAAUUUAAUAGCUACAGAAGCUAAUAUCCAACGGACACCGCCAUCAAUAAGUUCGCGCAAAUCACCAGUAAUGAGUGCAGCACGAGAACCACUUAGAGCUCCGUCACCACCUCAGUCAAGACAAUCAUUGACGGGAAAUACUAUGAUUUCUAACAAGAUGAGUAAGAGCUCUAAUUUAGUAGCUACAGAAGCUAAUAUCCAACGAACACCGCCAACAAUAAGUUCAAGCAGAUCAUCAGUAAUGAGUGCAGCACGAGAACCACUUAGAGCUCCGCCACCACCUUCGUCACAACAAUCAUUGACGGGAAAUACUAUGAUUUCUAACAAGAUGAGUAAGGGCUCUAAUUUAGUAGCUACAGAAGCUAAUAUCGAACGAACACCGCCAACAAUAAGUUCACACAGAUCAUCAGUAAUGAGUGCAGCACGAGAACCACUUAGAGCUCCGUCACCACCUCCGUCACGACAAUCAUUGACGGGAAAUACCAUGAUUUCUAACAAGAUGAAUGAGGGCUCUAAGUUAGUAGCUACAGAAGCUAAUAUCCAACGUAUACCGCCAACAAUAAGUUCAAGCAGAUCAUCAGUAAUGAAUGCAGCACGAGUACCACUUAGAGCUCCGCCACCACCUUCGUCACAACAAUCGUUGACGGGAAAUACCAUGAUUUCUAACAAGAUCAGUAAGGGCUCUGAUUUAGUAACUACAGAAGCUAAUAUCCAACGGACACCGCCAGCAAUAAGUUCACGCAGAUCAUCGAUAAUGAGUGUAGCACGAGAAACACUUAGAGCUCCGUCACCAUCUCCGUCGCCACAGACAUUGAAGACAAAUACCGUGAUUUCUAACAAGAUGAGCAAGGGUUCUGAUUCGGUGGCUACAAAAGUUAAUUCAGAAUCGAAACCGCCAAUAAUAAGCUUACCAAGGUCAUCAGCAAUGAGUGUACCACGAGAACCACCUACAGUUCCGUCAUCACCAUCAUUGACUACAAAUACCAUAACUACAAAAAAGGUAAGUAAAGGCUCUGAUUUAGUAACCACAGCAGUAAAAACCAACCAGAAACCGCCAAUAAUAAGUGCACGAAGAUCAUCAGUAAUGAGUGAAGCACGAGAUCUACCUACAGCUCCGUCACCACCUCCGUCGCCACAGACAUUGACGACAAGCAACAUGAUUUUUAACAAGAUGAGCAAGGGCUCUGAUUUGGUAGCUACAAAAGUUAAUACCGAAUGGAAACCGCCAAUAAUAAGUUCACGAAGGUCAUCAGCAAUAAGUGUACCACGAGAACCACCUAGAGCUCCGUCCCCACCUCCUUCGUCACAGACAUUGACGGCACAAACAAUUUCUAACCAAAUGAGUAUAGACUCUGAUUUAUUGGUUACCGAACUGAAAUCGCUAACAAUAGCUUCACCAAAAUCACCAGUAAUGAGUAUAGCGCGAGCGUCACCUUUUACUUCACCACAAGUAGCUCCACCUCUACCUCCACCUCCGCCACCACCUCUACCACCGCCUUCGUCAUCUCAAUCAUUGAUGACGACUUCUAAUUCAACUGAUCCUAAUUUUAUAGCCACAGAAAUAAAAACUGAACCGAAAUCACCAACAACAACUUCACCAAGGUCACCAGCUAUGAGUGUAGCGCGAGCGUCACCUUUAAUUUCACCACAAGUAGCUCCACCUCUACCUCCACCUCCGCCACCACCUCUACCACCGCCUUCGUCACCUCAGAUGACGACUUCUAAUUCAACCGAUCCUAGUUUUAUAGCCACAGAAAUAAAAACUGAACCGAAAUCACCAACGACAACUUCACCAAGGUCACCAGCUAUGAGUGUAACCCGAGCGUCACCUUUAACUUCACCACAAGUAGCUCCACCCCUACCUCCACCUCCGCCACCACCUCUACCACCACCUUCGUCACCUCAAUCAUUGAUGACGACUUCUGAUACAACCGAUCCUAGUUUUAUAGCCACAGAAAUAAAAACUGAACCGAAAUCGCCAACAACAGAUUCACCAAUGUCACCAGCUAUGAGUGUAGCGCGAGCGUCACCUUUAACUUUACCACAAGUAGCUCCACCUCUACCUCCACCUCCGCCUCCACCUCUACCACCGCCUUCGUCACCUCAAUCAUUGAUGACGACUUCUAAUACAACCGAUCCUAGUUUUAUAGCCACAGAAAUAAAAACUGAACCGAAAUCGCCAACAACAGAUUCACCAAGGUCACCAGCUAUGAGUGUAGCGCGAGCGUCACCUUUAACUUCGCAACAAGUAGCGCCACCCCUACCUCCACCUUCGCCACCACCUCUACCACCACCUUCGUCGCCCCAAUCAUUGGUGGCAACUUCUAAUUCAUACGACCCUAGUUUUGUAGGCACAGAAGUAAAAACUGAACCGAAAUCGCCAACACCAGCUGCACCAAGCUCACCAGCAAUGAAUGUAGCGGGAGUGUUACUUUUAACUUCACCACAAGCAGCUCCACCUCUACCUCCACCUCCGCCAUCAUCUCUACCACCACCUUCGUCACCCCAAACAAUGGUGACAACUUCUAAUUCAUCCGACUCUAAUUUCAUAGGCAUUGAAGUAAAAACCGAACCGAAAUCGCCAACAGCAGCUGCACCAAGCUCACCAGCUAUGAAUAUAGCGGGAGUGUCACCUUUAGCUUCAUCACAAGUAGCUCCAUCUCCACCUCUGCCACCACCCCUACCACCACCUUUGUCACCUCAAUCAUUGAUGACGACUUCUAAUUCAUCUGAUCUUAGUUUUGUAGGCACAGAAAUAAAAACCGAACCUAAAUCGCCAACAACAGAUUCACCAAGGUCACCAGGUAUGAGUGUAGCGCGAGUGUCACCUUUAACUUCAUCACAAGUAGCUCCACCUCUACCUCCACCUCCACCACCACCUCUACCACCACCUUCGUCGCCCCAAUCAUUGAUGGCAACUUCUAAUUCAUCCGACUCUAGUUUUGUAGGCACAGAAAUAAAAACUGAACCGAAAUCGCCAACAAAAGCUUCACCCAGGGGACCAGCCAUAAGUGUAACACGAGCGCUUCUACUAGCUAUCAAACGCAAGAUAGAGGAAGAACCAAUGUCAUCAACGACGGAUGCACAAAUGUCGUCUGAAAUUGUCGCUUCAAAACGAUUUAAAAUUGGAAGUAUAUCAGAAGAGUCAUUAACAGCAGCGAUAGGGAAUGAGGCAAACAUUUCACAAACUUUGGAUAAUUAUAGAUUACUAACAUCUGAAACAUCUACAUCACCAGAAAUAGUAGCAUCGAUACCUAUGGAGACAUCAAUGGACGUAGCAUCUCAUAUGGAAUCACCAACACCGCAGAGCGUGCCGCCACUUACAUUAACACCGGUACCUUUUCAUUCACCGUGGCCUGACAUACCAUGGGAAACGAUUCAACAAAUAUUAAGUCAAAAACCACCACCACCACCUCCACAAUCGGAAAAUGUAUCCGAAAUUUCAACGGAUUGUAAAAAUGGUGAUAAAUGCGGAGACAGAUGUACUAUCGAGAAAUUUUUAUUAUAUGACACUGUGGUGCACCAAACUUCCUUGUUAAGAGGUCUCGCGCAAUCUUUUCAAAAAGAGCCUUAUGCAUUAGAAAUGUUUGGGGCGAAGACAUAUAGGACGUUAUUGGCCUACAUAUAG